CAUCCAAUUUGUGCUCGAACGGAAAGAUCGAGGACAGAUAUGCGGUAUCGAGGAAAUUAGAAUUGACAGUUGUCACGAUCGCUGCAGAUUCAAUGGAAACGCCCACGGAGAUUAUAUCACGUUCAAUUCGCGCGUGUGGCUGCACUUGCACGAGCGGAAGUGACGUCAUAGCAUAGUUAUAUCAAAUUGUACGUACGUUACGCGCUUUCGCGCGAUUUUAACAUGGAUUCGAGAGAUGAGGAAGCUUGUAUGGAAUUCGUAUUUGUUAGAGGAGACAGUGUAAGUCAACAGGAAAAGGUGAAGGCAUUCUGGAAGUUUUUGGACGAUCAGAAUUACUUGCAACCUCACAAAGGUACAUUGGAGCAUGAAUCGUCGUCGGAAGCGGAAUCGUCGGUAUCGAGCAUGGAGGAAGAUAUGAAGGAGAAAGAUGUUUGGCGAAAAGGAUUAAAAGUCUUGCAACAACUUGGCCUGGAUAAGACCGCAUUCGCGGCUGAUAAAAAAUGUCGGCCCUGUCAAAUGUAUAGAACGAUCCGAUGCGACGAUCUGGCCGAUACGGUGACGCAGCCGUACGAGGAAUUGAACGCCGAAAUGAAGGCUUUCGACGAGCGCCAGAAAAGUCGUGGCUCGAAUCAAUGCGAAGCAUCUUAUGCCGAAGAUAAAUUAAAUCAAUGCAAUUCCAAUACAAAAACGAAAAAAUAAUCGUUACUUACACAUCGGCUAGCAUCCCACGAAACAAUCGCAUCCGAUGAUAUUUCUGUCAAUAUGUCUAAUUUUUCGAUUUCAAUAUUCAAAUUCAUUAAUCAAUAAAAAAAUACACACGCGUUUAUUUAAGAAAAUUAUCGGUCUCGAUCUUUUGAUUAUUAAAAAAAAGUGUCAUGAGGAAACUUCAAAAGCGUUGAUGAUACAAUAGAUAAAAUGCUAGAUGCAUCUAUUAUAUGUCUCGAUGACAUAUAAUAUCUCACUGACCGCACGUUUUCAAACUGCUGUCGAAGAUAAACAAUAUAUCAGUUGAUGUAAUCGAUGGCAGGAAUUACAACGUUUAUUCGCGGUACACGAAGGCCAAGCUCCGCUACGAGGUUGUCAGUUGUUUAAUGGAAUUGGAGCAGGCCGGAAUAUGGAUGAGUAGGGUAGCGCACAUCUCUCCGGGUACCGUGGUGGUGUAUCGGAUUUCCUUAGUCCUGGAGGUCGACGUUGUUUCGAGCAAGGUGCACUGCGCUACGGGAGCUGCCGUGAAUGGACCGGCGGAUCCUGAAUCCUUACGCGACAUCUGGUCUCUUCCAAUCGACGACGUUAUCUUCUUAUUGUCAGUUGGCCGUACAAGUGAGAUACUUUGCGUCAACUGGAAACCUCGCUGUCAGAGCGGUUUUUUUCGAGUAUUUUUGCAACCGUAACUCCGAUCCACACAAACCUGAUGCCUGACAUGUCGCACGAGAGUCGUCACUCGUCCCAGUUUCUGUACCUCUCCCGCGAUGGAACCGCACCACCUGGAGCAUAAUGGACGCGCUGAUGGAAGAAGAACGAGCAGGACACGAGAGAGCGAACACACAUGCAGAGACAAAAGCACGGUAAAAGGUAAGAGAACGAUCGAGAGAUAGUACAAAAGAAGCAGAAGAAAUCGGACGGGUAGAGAGAUAAAGAGAAUAAGAGAGCGGGGGUGGAAAGAGAGAGAGAGAGAACGAGAGAGGAAGAAGGAGAAGAACGAGGAGAUUCCCGUUGACGGGGAUUCGACGAAGCAGCGAUGUUUAAUCGGUGUUGGCCCGCAUCAGGUUGAUCGAGGACCCCCCAACCGGGUGUUGGAGGACGACAUGGGCCUCUGACGACGACAUAGGGAGGUCCGGAGUAGCGCAAGCGGAACCGGGAUGAGGCUGCGCCGUGCCGAUCAGGCGAACAAUGGAGGCGGGAUGCUCAUUUGUCUGCGGGCAUUGUUGUUCACCCGGCCGGAAACACGAGCCUCGUACUCUCCUUUUCCCCUCUCUGUCUCCAUCUCUCUUCCUCUCUCUUUUUCUCUUCCCCUCGCGUUCGCCAUCCGUGCAUCCUCCUCGUCAAUGUCUCCCUCCCUCCCGUCAUACCUUUUUCCAGUAUGAAAGUACCGCGAUGAUUCCGCCAAUCAUGUCGCUCGACGUCCGCAGGUCGAUGGUGCAAAAAUUCGGGAUAACCGUUUCCACCAUGCUCAACCGCGAGUCGACGCACAAUGUUGAAUGUGUCCGACUCGUUCGCUGACUUAUCGAUCGGUGAAAGCUCGCAUCGGGUCCCGAUGCGUCAUUUAGAAGAGAUUCUUAAGAAGAAGAGAUCUCCUCUCUUGUAACGUGGCAAAAACAAAAACAGGUCCGACAAGAUUGUUCUUUGUCGAGCCUAAUUUGUACUGUCACUGUCGUAUAGCAACCUAAUUUCUCCUUCGAGUUUUUGACAGGUAGAUUCUACUCAAAUUAUCGGUUUGCCAAAGAGUCGUUAAUAAGUGAUUACUAUGUAAUACAUGAUAAUGUAUCUAUCACGUUAAUUCAUUAAUUUAAGCAAUAAUAUAUAUAUCACGCGGCUUCUUAUGUAUUAUCGCAUAUAAUCUAAUUGGCUUGCAUUUCGAGAUAUUUAAUGAUAUUUAUAAUAAUAAAUAAACAUCGCAAUGAAUAUCAUCAAUUCAUCAGCGAUAAAAGAUCAUUCGUUAGUUAUUAAGCGUGCGAUAUCACAUGGAGCUGAAUUUUGCGAGGAGAAAAAGAAGGUCAGCCAACAAAAUGCGCGGAAACAAAAAGGC